GCAGUCAAUUGACCCCCAAGUAUUUUAUUUUGAAGCGGUGGCGCUUCUCCUCCGCCACAGCCCAUUAUCCACCUCCGAGUUCAAGCCCGACACACAGCGGGAUACUGUGUAAGUGAGGGGCCACAAAUAACAACAGGACGAGACGAGGGUUCUGCAGCGCCGUAUAAGACAUGACGUUCGCGAGGGGCAGCGACGAAUUUAACUCGUCUCGAAACUGGACUACGGCCGAGGACUCCAUCAAUGGCAUGCACCCGGCGCGUUCACUACGCCAUGAGGCCGACAACGACUCGAGCGAGACGACCGGGUUAUUAGGCGCGGCCGCCGCCCCCGGCCACGGGACGUGUGAACCGGAUCACGCCGACCGCUGGACGAGGGAUGCCGAGUUCAGCGGCCUUCCGUGGUGGAAAAGGCCAUCCGUCUGGUUCCUACUAGGUCCAUACGCGCUUUUCACUCUGGCCUUUGGCGGCGCAGUGGUGCCAAGGCUGAAUCUAAUCAUCGAUCUCGUGUGCAAGCGCUACUUUGCCGACCGGAGGGCCGCAGAUCCAGGCUUCACCUUUAGUCCAGUUAUCCCAGGGGGCAACAACCGCCAGUGCUUCAUUCCGGAGGUGCAGAAGUCGGUGGCCACCUUCUCGCUCGUCCUCAACGUCCUCACGGGGACCCUGAGCUCUCUCACAGCACCCAAGCUCGGCGCCCUGUCGGAUCGCUACGGCCGCAAGCGCCUGAUGGUCGUCUGCUCCAUUGGCGGCAUCCUUGCUGAGAUCAUCACCAUCUUUGCUGCCAGGUUUCCCGAAACGGUGCCCUACCAGGUCUUGCUGCUCGGCGCCUUCUUCGACGGCCUGACGGGGUCCUUCACUGCCGGAAGCGUCCUCAGCCAUGCGUACACGAGCGACUGCACGCCGCCGUCGAGACGAGGAGUUGCCAUCGGCUACCUCCACUCGUGCCUGUUCACCGGGCUCGCCAUUGGCCCGCUCAUUGCCGGCUACCUGGUUGAGUGGACGGGCUCCCUGCUGUCCAUCUUCUACAUCCUGCUCGGCUGCCAUGUCUUCUUCAUCUCCUUCAUGACGCUCAUCACGCCCGAAUCUCUGUCCAGGAAGCAGCAGCUUCUCGCGCGCGAGAAGUACGCCAUCGAACAGGCCGCCAUGGAGCCCGCACCGGGAUGCUCGAACACUUUCCUCUCGAGAAUUCCGCUCGGAACGCAAAUCAGCAGGCUGGUCCACCGCGUGCGGACCGCAAACCCGCUGGCGCCGCUCGACAUCCUCUUCCCCACCGGCCCCGGCAGCGCGCGGCUGCGGCGAAACUUCCUCGUGCUGGCCUUCACCGACAUGGUCACGCUCGGCGCCGCCAUGGGUGCCAGCUCCGUGAUCGUCAUGUACGUCGAGUACAUGUUUGAGUGGGGCAACCUCGAGAGCUCGCGCUUCAUCUCGAUGACGUCCAUGGUACGCGUCGUCACCCUCGUCGGCAUCCUGCCGCUCAUCAACUACUUCUUCCGCACGCGGCCGGCCGCGCGGCGGCGGCGGGGCGGGGCCGAGCCGAGCGCGCCGGUGGUCGAGGAGAACCGCGGCGCAGACGAGGUCGACAUCUGGGUCCUGCGCGUCGCGCUGCUCUCUGACACCGUCGGCGUCGUCGGCUACAUCUUUGCGCGCUCCGGCCCGGUCUUCGUCGCCUGCGCCGCCGUCACCUCCCUCGGCGGCCUGGCCUCCGCCACGAUCCAGGCUGCCGUCACCAAGCACGUGCCGGCCGAGCGCGUCGGCCAGAUGCUCGGCGCCAUCGGGCUGCUGCACUCGCUCGCGAGGAUCCUGGCGCCCAUCAUCUUCAACGAGCUGUACGCAGCCACCGUGGAGUCGUUCCCCCAGGCGUUCUUCGUCCUGCUGAGCGCCCUGCUGGCGUUGACCGUGGUUGCAUCCUUCUUCCUCACGCCGCAUGUCUAUCUGAGAGACGAGGACGAACCGGCUCCGCACACCAACAGCGCCGCAGACCGCGCGCGGCAGGACGCGCUAGAGGACGAGGAGCUGUUGCCCGGGUUGUCGUAGUCUCUCGUGUUUUGCGCAUGCCAGCUUAGAUUUCCCACGUGCGAGGUUCGGUAGAACACUCAUCCCGAGUGGGCAAUCGGGCGACGAUGCGGACGGCGGCCGGUGUUCUGAUCUAAUGAGCUUGCAUAUUGCAAAGUGUAAAUACUAGCCCAGGCAAAAGAUUAGAGAAAAGCCCGCAGCGUUCGCUGAGCGCCCGAGCUCUCACCACCCCUCUAAUCCGCCGACGCCACAACAAGCGCCCAAAUGAAUCGGCGGCCGC